ACUACUCUGGUGGUCUACUUAAGAUGCAGUACCACACAUUUUGACGCUUCCGGUCGUUUGAGCGCGUCCGACAGUUGCCAAGAUGCAAAUCUAUUGCAUACUGUUGCUGUUUGUCUUCUCAGAUGGUGUAAGAAUUAUUCCGGAGAACGGAUGGUAUGUCACAGCGGACAAUCGAAAUUCUUCAUUCCGAUUUCACUGCGAAGGUCGUGCAAGACAGAUGGUGUGGAAAUGGAAACGAGAAAGCAUCGAACGUGUUCUCAAUACUACAGGCGGUGCACAAUGCACGAAUGACGAUGCUAUGAUAGUUCGCCCGACUUCGAUUAUUGUAUGCAGGUUUCUUAUCGAGUUUACUGGAAAGUACACAUGCCAAGACCCUGAAACUAAAAACUCAUCAUCUGUAGAGCUAGGAGUAUCUCCUGAGUUUGUUUCUUCAAAGAAAGUUAAAGUUCUCGUUCAAUCAGCAGAUGAGGAGAUCCAACUUUCUUGUAGAGUGAAGUCUUAUGUGUAUCCCAAACCAAAAGUUACUUGGUAUCAACAAACAAAAUCAAAGACGAUUGAAAUCUUUAGAGGAGACGUAAUGAUAGUCAAUCAGACAAGUAGCAGUGAUUUCAGCAGGUACUAUUGUGAGGCCCAAAACCAUCAUAGUGGACCAAUAGAGCGAAAGACUUUCUUUGUAAAAACAUACAAACCUAUUACAUGCACUGUCUAUCCAUCCAAUAUUACAGUGGAGUCUAAUGAAGAAACGAUUAAUGUGACUGUCAAAAUAUCCAGUAACAAUCCUCUUCCAGAUAUUCAACUUGAGCCUUCUUGGGGAAUGGUAGAAGCUAUUAAUAAUAGCAUUUAUAAGGUUUCUGGUCUGAUAAAUACCACCGGUGAGCACAAAAUCCUACACGUAACACAGAAAAUUGGACUGCUGAAUAACUCAAUAGUAACUAAAGCUUCUUGCUUUGUUUUUGUGACAACAACUGAACCUCAUCCGGAUGCAGUUUGUCUAUUGAUAAAACAGAAGCUGAAUAGUUCAUGCUUACUACAACGCUUGAAUCGAAGUGCAGUGGAAUUAUCUGAAAACUUGCGACAGAGGCUGCACGUAUUCCUAGGAUGCUUUUGGAGUAUUAAAGUUUACUACAUUUUCAGCAGAGGAAGAAAAAAUUGCACGUUUGUAAAUAUUGGAUUGACAGUCAGCUUUCUCUUAGAACAAUCAAAACACUGCAGGCAAUACCCAUCACCAAACAAUAUCAUCAAGACAAUUAGGAAGUGGACUAGAGGUCAGAUGGAUCUUGCACUAGUGGUAAAACCAAGUAUUACAAAUACCCGAGUAUAUUGCACAAAAAUGGAAGCAAUUCAAGUCAAUUUGCCUCAAAAUUGUUCUUAUCCUCAUGUCUACAUUCCCUGCUCACGAAGUACACGCAUUACAAGAAUUUGCUCUGCGUGUAGACUGAAAAAUUCAAGAUGCUGGCAAAUUGACCCACCACAAACGUCAGAGCUUAUGCACUUAAACGGCAUGUGCAAUUCAAAAUAUAUAUAGAGUUUGUCUAUUAGACAACGUUGAAAUAAUUGCAAUAGUUAUUUGGUAACUUCCUCAUCCGUCUCGUUGCAAACAACAGCACAAUGGGUCUAGACAAAAGAACUGAUCAGCUCAGCAAGACCGUCAGCCAAUGAAACGUGACAGUAAUUCCUACAAACUCGUUCGUUGGUCGAAUAUCCAUUAAUUGUACAUCUUAAAUAUUUUAGAUAUUUUGGGACUACUUUCUUUGCAAAUCAGCAGCUAGUUGAUAGCAUACUAGUUACGAAUGUUACAAGUACUAAUGUACAAUGCUAAAAGAGUGUUAUAAAGGUUAUAAAAAGCAGACUUGCACACAUGAUUUCGCCCCGCUUUCUUUAGAGCGCAA